AUGUCAGUUACAAUUAGACCAAUUGAAGCCAAAGACAAGGAAGAGUGGCUCAAUCUUUGGACAGGUGCAAAUGGUUAUAUUGAGUUUUACAAGUCUCAGGACAAAAUAACACCAGAGAUAUCAAAUGCUACAUUCGAUAGGUUUCUUGACGCUAAUACCCCAAUGUACUCAGCAGUUGCCGUUGAUGAUUCAACUGGUAAAAUAAUUGGGUUCGCCAAUUAUUUAACUCAUUUGAAUACCUGGACAAUUGAAGAUACCAUGUAUUUGAAUGAUUUGUUUGUUUCACCCGAUAAUAGAUUAAAGGGAGUAGGCAGAAAAUUGAUUGAAUAUGUAUACAAAGAAGCAGAUAGAUUGAAUUGCGGAAAAUGUUAUUGGUCUACUCAGUUUGAAAACCAUAGAGCCCAGCUCCUAUACACCAAAGUCGGUGUCAAAAGUGGUUUCUUGACCUACUUUCGUCCAUCAUAA